AUGUCCGACACCGUGCCUUUCACGUAUCCACAACAAUAUGCGGGAUGGUGGUUCAUCACGGCCCCAAAUCGUGGUCGGGCCCAGCGCACCAUGUGGGUUCUCAACAGGUUCGCGGUCGCUGCCACUUCCUCCGCGAGUGUGAAGGCUGUGGCGCGGUAUGGCCCACAGUUCCGCUACGUUGAGGCCCGGGUUUACACGUCCCCGCGCACGCGCACGCGCCGGCCGCGCCGGCCAGCGAUCCACCCCCAGGCGUGCGGGAAGGGCAAGCCUCUGCAAGCCUGUGAUCAUCAUUAUCAGCCCCCACGGUGCGAACAUGGACCGCAGGUGCCGCGCAUGCCGUCGCUCGCGCGGCCGCAGCACGCGAGCCAGAGGCCAGCGUUCCUCACGCCGUUUGAGGCGCCGCAGCGGCAGCAGGAGCACAUCGACGAGCUCGUCAGCCCGUGGUAG